GUUAGACAAAGAAUGUCCAAUAUUAUAAAUAUAACUAUGGGCCUUUUGUGGCCCAAACCAAGGCCCAGUAUUCUAAGAAGAUACUAUUACUAAUUUACUAUCGUAUCCUCCUCAACUGUUUUCAGUUUUAUUGAUAUCUAUGGCAAUCACAUUGGCAAUGGCAUCAACCACUAUUAGAGUGAUUCAGCAGCGACCAAGAUUCGUUGCGUAUUUGAGCAAUUCUAUUGCAAAUUACAACACUGUUUCUAGAAUCUUCCAUUUCCGUUGUAGCAAUAACACCUCUUCUCUUCAAUUUCCUCUUCCACGUUCACUUUCCGUUAUGGCGAGUUCUCAAGAUUCCUCUUCAACCAAAACGGAGAGGGUGGUGAUAAAGGGGAGGGUGCAGGGAGUAUUUUACAGGAACUGGACAGUGGACAAUGCUAGAGAAUUGGGGCUUAAAGGAUGGGUUCGGAACCGGAGAGAUGGUUCUGUGGAGGCUGUGUUCUCCGGUAGCCCUGAUGCUGUGCAGGAAAUGGAGCAGAGGUGUCGUCGUGGUCCUCGUGAGGCUGUUGUUACUGGGCUUGAGGUUUUCCCCGGCGACGAUGAUGUUGAUCCUGGUACGGGAUUCCAACGCAAACCAACUGUUUGAUUUUAAUUUUCAUUGAAUACAUAUAAUUGUUGCACCUCAAUUUCCCUUAAUCCGUGCAUGAUAACAUUAUUAGGUUUGUCUGGAAAUAUAUGUUUUUGUAGGAUUGAAUUGCCUUGGUGUAAUCUUUUAUUUACAAGAUCACUGUAGAGUGAAAUAAUUAAUGUAACUUGUUGUAUCUUUCCUGUUUUAACUUGUGAUUGGAAUUGAAAUAGGGUAAUGAUGGUAAUUAA